AUGCGCCCUGCACAGCUUCUGGCCAUCGUGGCUGCCCUUCCUUCCACGCUCGCUGCCUACAAGGGCUUCAACUAUGGCUCGACCGGACGGGACCAAGCUGCGUUCGAGGGUGAAUUCAACUCGGCGAAGAACUUGGUCGGCUCCAGCUAUACCUCCGCCCGCCUGUACACUAUGAUCCAAGAUGGCACCACCAACACCCCCAUCUCCGCCAUCCCGGCCGCCAUCAACACCGGCACGUCGCUGCUGCUGGGCCUGUGGGCCUCGGGUGAUACCUUCGCCAACGAGCUGGCCGCCUUGAAAGCCGCGAUCGAGCAGUACGGUACCUCUCUAGCCCCUCUCGUCGCCGGUAUCAGCGUUGGGUCGGAGGACAUCUAUCGCAUUACACCCAUUGGAAUUGAGAACAACUCGGGCGUCGGUGCCGGGCCUGCCGUCAUUCAAAACUACAUCUCUCAGGUCCGAUCGGCCAUCGCCGGGACAGCACUCGCGGGUGUGCCGGUUGGUCACGUCGACACUUACAACGUGUGGACCAACUCGAGCCAGAAUGCCCUGAUUGCAGACUGCGACUUCCUCGGUGUCGACGCAUAUCCGUACUACGAGACCACAAAGGCCAACAGCAUCGCGAACGCAAACGCCACCUUCUGGGACGACUACGAGGUCACCGUCGCUGCGAGCCAGGGCAAGCCGGUCUGGAUCACCGAGACCGGAUGGCCUGUCUCGGGCCCAACAAGUGGCCAGGCCGUGGCCUCGGUUGACGACGCGAAGACGUACUAUGACGAUGUUGCUUGCCACGCGUUCGCGAAGAACAUCAGCACCUGGUGGUACAUUCUCCAAGAUACCGGCGCCAGCCCCAGCUUCGGCCUUGUGGGUGCUGGUACUCCUCCUCCCACGACACCUCUGUACAGCUUGAGCUGUUAG